CCAAAGAGGAGGGGAAUGAAAUAUGAGUGAUUUUUCUUUUCUUUUUUUUACUCAAAGGGAGUGGUAUAAUGUCGAGAUUGAGAACGAAACCAAUGUUAGUUAGAGAAGGCCUCAGUCUUCUCAUAGACGCUGCUGUGGAUAGUCUCCAGGAUUUUCUGCCUUCCCACUCCAGCUCUUACCGUGAUGGUUUCUGAUUAUAUUUUGGGCUGAAAUACAAAUCUGUAUCAUCCUCUUUGUGGAAACUUUAAAAUAAAGGAAGUCGCACGUAGUACUUCAUAAGAAGGUACAAAGAGCCAUUGGGACAGAGAAAACACUUCUGGUGAGAAUCUUUCCACUCGUGCCAAAUUGGACCACCGGAAGAUGCGCGUUACGAGACAGUGAUCCAACAAAAUUAAAAUGCAUUUUUUAAGGAGUGCUCUUAACGCGUUUCUAAUUAAAGACAUGCCGGGGUAAUCCACAUGGGACAGCUCCUUACGUCUGCAACUGACACUAAAAACUCAGGAACCCAUGCCGGAUGAUCUGAAGCAAAUUUACGCACCGGAGGGGGGAAAUAAAUAAAUAAAAAACUGCGGAGUUUCGUCAAUUUCCACCCACUUCGAGUCAACACGAUCAACAGAUGACCACGGCUGUCUUUAAACAUAUAAAAGAGACUCGCUGUCCUUGUGUCAUGGUGCGCUAGAGCCUGUGGAAGUACCUUUGGAGAGGCGACGCCAGCGGAGUCUAUUUGAUGUGCUUUGCGUUAACUUUAUUAAUCUUUAAACAGGCGACAAGGCUGUGAAACAAGUGUAAAUUAAAUCUGCAUCGAAGAAAAACAGGGCUAUACGACUGGACGCUGGGCUGAGGGGCUUUCUCUGCUCACAUUUCAGCAUGAGUGCAGUACGCACACCUGUCUUCAUAGGUCUCCUUUUGCUGAUCCUCACCACCGGCUUCUGCAGACCAAGAGACAGGGACGGCACCAGUCUGCUGGACCUCCUAAGAGACAGAGAGAGACUAGCACAGGAGCAUCACAGUGAGGGAAACACACAGCAUCCCCUCGAGAUCGUUGAGAAGUCGGCAAAAACAAAAGACAUUAUUAAAGUUACAAAGGCAAUUCAGCAUGAACGCAUUCUUGAGGUCUUUCCGAGAGACCUUCGACAGAAGGAGAAGUUUUUAAAACAUUUAACAGGGCCACUUUAUUUCAGUCCCAAAUGCAGUAAACACUUUUACAAACUGUACCAUAAUUCCAGGGACUGCACAAUACCAGCCUAUUAUAAAAGAUGUGCUCGGCUUCUUACAAGACUAGCAGAGACUCAGCGGUGCUCAGAGGGAUAGAUGCUGCAGACCUGAAGAACUAAAGAGAACCAAGGAAAAGUGCCUUGGAGAAAAAACAGGGAAAUGAAAUGAGUUGUGAACAAUCAUAUUUAUCACGUGAACAUAGCUAUUUUUACCACGAAACAGAACUCCUCUUUUGACCUUUUCUACUCAUAUACUGCUUGUCAAUCUUGUGAGUUGACAAAACUGAUUGUAGAACUAAGUUUACUGGCAAUGGUCAUGGUGUAAAUGAAGAAGACAAUGUUUUAUGGGAAAUACAAACACAAAAAAGCCCUGCUGCCAAACGAUAAACUCUGGGUGUCACAUUCAACUGCAUAUAUAUUCUCAGUUGAGACUGCCUUCACAUGUUGUGUGUCCAGUAGUUUUUGGCUGAAGAAUAAUUUAGAUGUUGUUUUGCAGAUGUUCAAAGGUGUUUACUGGCUGAACGACAACCUCAAAGUCACAUUCCUCAAAGCCAGAGCUAAAUCCUUUGAUUGAAUUAUGAAUUGCAUGAUACUUUCUUGCCUUUUUUGUCUUUACAAGACAUGUCUCGUCAUUGAUGAAUGCUACUGGUUGCAGUUUAUUCUGUGAAAGAAAUUAAUUGCAUUUUACCAAUAUUGAAUGUCUUAUAUAUUAUGUAUUUAUACAUUCAAGUUAUUAAAUAUUGCUAUUGUCAAAUGUAUA